GCAGAGCGUACCUAUUAUUUCCGCUUUGCUCACCGUGGGCCGCGCAACCUGCUUAGGUGUACGCUCGCUAUCUAGUCUACCGCCACACGUGACCCGGUGACGCUUUCUUAUCCCCCUUACCGCCGCUCAUAAGACCGACGAGCGUCCGGAAACAAAAGCGCAAGGAAGAGGGAAUCUCUGUCUCGACAUUCGGACUUAGGAACACAGAUCCAUGGCACAGAACGUACCGAAAAUCCGCAUCCUUAAGGGCGCGGAACCCGACCUUUCGGCAGCGACGUUCCAGAUCGCGGACGAGACGCAUACGAUCGGCAACGCGCUGCGGUGGAUGAUCAUGAAGAACCCGAAGGUGGAAUUCUGCGGAUACAGCGUCCCCCACCCCUCCGAACCCAACAUCAACGUCCGCAUCCAGAUGUACGACAACCUUUCCGCCCUCGACGCGCUCAUCGACGCGCUUAACCGCCUCGACGACCUCUUUGCCGCAGUCGACGAGCAGUACGCGAAGAGCCUCGCGAAGGACAAGUACGAGCGCUGGGACGAGAAGAGCUGAGGGCCCGUCGCCGGGUUUCUCUCCGUCUCUAUUGCUCCCGUCCAUAUCCAUCGUUUCCGCAUAAAAGUAUAUUAUGGCUCUAUUGUAAUGUUUUCCUCUGUAGAAGGGUUGCGUGUAGGCUAAAUAUCAGUUCGGUUGCACGGCAAUGUACAGUAACGGCCGUCCCGGCAUCCACCAUGAAAUCGAAGCUGCUCAGAUCUCCUCGUCAGGGUUGUCGAUGUCGGCUUCUUCUGCUUCCUCCUCCUCCCACUCGUCGGCGAC